GAUCUUAGCUACGUGCCCCCAUCGUGCUGCAAUCAUUUUGCUUGGCAAACUGCAUUAAGGUGAUGGCGCCAAAGCGAGUACAGAAGCCAUCGCAGGGAAAGCCGCCUGCCCCAUCUCGUUCGAAGACGCAAGCUGCAGGGAAAGCCAAGGCGUCUCCGAAGGCGAAAGGCAGCAAACCUGCAGCAAAGUCGGUUGCAGUGCCAAAGUCUGCUCCAAAGACUCCGAAUCCCAGGACACCGGCUGCAAAGAAAGGGAAGGAAGUCGAGCCGCAGACAAAUGCAAAGGCCGUUCCGUGUACACCAGCGCCCUACCGCAAUGUGGAAGCAGAGGUCCAGUUGCGAGCAUCCUAUGCCGCCAAACAUGCACAGCUUGAGGAAGCACUCCGCAAGGCCCAAGAGAUGGAAACAGUGGCUUAUGCUGAACGAUCAAAGGCUGUGGAGGCUGAGAAGCGUGCAGCCGCAGCAGAAGCAUUCUUGCAGGAGGUGAGAGAGCGUGCAUCCAGAGCUGAGGCCCUGCAAUUGGAAGUUGCUCAGGCUCAAGCACGUGCUGCUCAUGCCGAAGCAAAGGCAGAGGUUCUGUCAGAGCUACAAGAGAGCUUUCAGCGAAAUGUCCCAGAGAUGGUACGAUCUAUUGCGCAGACCAUCGUGGAUUGCUCAACCCGACGGCGCAAUACACGCAGCUUGGCGUGUAAUACCGGAUUCAGGGGAGUAAUGCCCAAGCUGGAACUUGAGGAUACAACGGACAUGCUGCCUCUGGUGCCUGUUGGCGUUGCGGAGGACUUCAAUGGCCAUGACAAAGCAUCGGAUGAACUGAUGAAGUUCUAUGGGCAAGGCGGCACCGAGGAAAUCCCAAGUUCUGCGGACACGCACCAAUCCUCGCAGAGUGAGCGUCCCAAGGCAGCAUCCAGACUCAAAGAUGUUGCAGGUGUUCUCAAGCGUGUAGCUCGCAGUGCCAGUCCAUUCUCAGGAGGGCACUGACACUAUACGAUGCCCAUAUAUGGCCCAUAUAUGGCCCAUAUGACGGAUGAUGCUCCGUCUUGGGGGCUUCAUGGCUUCACCUACUGGACCUACUGUUGGUGUGGCUUUGUGGUGUGCACUGCACACCUCUUGUGGAAGAGAAGAGACAUUGAGAUCAGGAUGUUGAACGUGAUGUG